AUGCCCACGCCUCCCUUCGAUCGGUGCUCGCUGGGGCCCGAAAAACGUUUUUAUUCAAUAAAAAUGACAUAUUUGGAAUCAGCGCAAGAAACUACAUCGAAUGAUUUUGAAAGUCAGCGCGUUGUAAAUUACAAAGAUUUAUGUAAUACUACUGCAGACAGAAGUUUAGAAACAUUAACAAAAAAACAAAAAUAUGAAGAGCAGGGUGAUGAUAAUAACAAGCAAAAAGAUAAUGAUAGUGAUAACGAUGAAAUGGCAACAACUGCAACACUUGAUGAUGACUUUUUUUGA